AUGGAGACGCCGACGAUGAAGCCCGACACGGUUCUGAUUCUUGAUUACGGCUCACAGUACACACAUCUCAUCACUCGCCGAAUCCGAUCUCUCAACGUCUUCUCUCUCGUAAUCAGCGGAACCUCAUCGCUCAAGUCGAUCACGAGCUACAACCCGCGAGUCGUCAUCCUCUCCGGCGGUCCACACUCCGUCCACGCGCUCGACGCGCCGAGUUUCCCCGACGGGUUUAUGGAGUGGGCAGAGUCGAACGGUGUUCCGGUUUUGGGAAUCUGCUACGGUUUACAGUUGAUUGUGCAGAAGCUUGGAGGUGUUGUUGUGGAGGGAGAGAGUAAAGAGUAUGGGAAGAUGGAGAUUGAAGUGAAGGGUAAAUCUGAGAUUUUUGGGUCGGAGAGUGGUGGAGAGAAGCAAAUGGUUUGGAUGAGUCAUGGAGAUGAAGCGGUUAAGCUUCCUGAAGGGUUUGAGAUUGUGGCUCAGAGCGCUCAAGGAGCUGUUGCUGCUUUGGAGAAUUCGAAGAAGAAGAUUUAUGGAUUGCAGUAUCAUCCUGAGGUGACACAUUCACCAAAAGGGAUGGAGACACUUCGUCACUUCCUCUUUGAUGUGUGUAAACUGUCUGCAGACUGGAAAAUGGAGGAUCUGAUGGAAGAAGAGAUCAAAGUGAUUAACAAAACCGUUGCUUCUGAUGAACACGUCAUCUGCGCGUUAUCAGGAGGUGUAGACUCUACCGUUGCUGCAACUCUUGUUCACAAGGCCAUUGGAGAUAGGCUUCACUGCAUCUUCGUCGACAACGGGCUCUUAAGGUAUAAGGAGCAAGAACGUGUGAUGGAUACCUUUGAGAGAGACUUGCAUCUACCUGUGACUUGCGUGGACGCAUCCGAGCGGUUCUUGAGUGAGCUAAAAGGCGUAGUGGAUCCUGAGACGAAGAGGAAGAUAAUCGGAAGAGAGUUCAUCAACAUUUUCGAUCAGUUUGCGCAAGAGUUGGAGAAGAAGCAUGGGAAGAAACCUGCUUUCUUGGUUCAGGGGACUCUGUACCCUGAUGUGAUUGAGUCUUGCCCUCCUCCAGGUACUGACAGGACUCAUUCUCACACCAUCAAAAGCCAUCAUAACGUUGGGGGACUCCCUAAAGACAUGAAGUUGAAGCUCAUUGAACCACUCAAGCUCCUCUUCAAAGAUGAGGUCCGUGAGCUCGGGAAGAUCUUGAAUGUUCCAGUAGGGUUCUUGAAGCGUCAUCCAUUUCCCGGUCCAGGACUCGCGGUUAGAGUCUUGGGAGAUGUUACUCAAGGAAACGCCCUUGAGGUUCUUCGUCAGGUUGAUGAGAUCUUCAUCCAGUCAAUCAGAGACGCAGGUCUCUACGAUUCGAUCUGGCAAGCUUUUGCAGUGUUCUUGCCUGUGAGAUCAGUUGGAGUGCAAGGUGACAAGAGAACACACUCUCAUGUUGUUGCUCUUCGUGCAGUUACAAGCCAAGAUGGGAUGACUGCAGAUUGGUACAAUUUUGAGCACAAGUUUUUGGAUGAUGUUUCUCGGAAGAUCUGUAACAGUGUUCAAGGAGUGAACCGUGUGGUUCUAGACAUUACAUCAAAGCCUCCUUCAACCAUUGAAUGGGAAUAA